AUGGAGGUCAAUCCUUUAAAUAUAUUUUUCGUGAAAUCUGAUAGUAAAGGGGAUAGAUUGCUAUUCAGAUAUCCCUACACUAGUGAGAACAAAGAUGAGAGUAAGCAGAAGAAAUGUGGUCGUCACAAUCCCUAUGCGGUUAACUGUACAGAAGACCUUUUACAAAAUUCUCAAACCCAAACAUCAAAUAUCUGUAAAGGUCAAUUGAGUGGCUUCACCGAUGAGAUGCUAUCAACUUUAUUUGCUGUAAAAGCUGAGUUAUGCAAUAGAAAGUUUGAAUUGAAAGUAAAUGAUGUGAGAUUUGUGGGUCAUCCAACACUACUGCCUUAUAGAACAAAUAAAGAUGACACAGCGGCCAUGAUUCUUAUAAACAUAGUGUUUGCAUUACAGGCUUCGGCUAGUCAUUCUAUUGUGAAAUGUUACUACGAUUUAAGUAAAAGACUCGGAAAGGCGUUACGGCAUGAAGAGAAGAGAUGUUCUUAUUUGACAGAAGAAAUGAAAAUUAUGCUUGCAGCACAUGAUGAAAUUUCAGCAUUGGAUAGCGAAAUAAAUUCCGGUGAGAAUGACGAUGAUGAAGAGAACUUAAGACACUCAGUGAGUUCAAUGAACUUUAACACAGACAAUGGUCCUAAUGCCACACCAAAAUCCGCCUUUCAUAUAAUUUUACAAAGAAGCUCCCUAGCUAGGUCUAUGAAAUCUGUUUUUGAAGAAUUAAGUAGCACAGGUAUUGUACAAGUACGGAUAAAUAAAUGGGUGUUAUUAUCAUUCUGUUUACCACAUAAAGCCCAUCAAAUACACAAUAGAGGCCUUAUUAUAGAACCAGAGACAAUAGAUAAAUGUGUACAGAAGUUAAGGCCAUACCAUGGAAUAUUGCUUAUGGUUAAUCCAAAUGAUUUAUUGGCAUCAAUUCCAUUAGAUGGAAGUCCAGCCUUAUUGAGACUCAUAAAAUUAUAUAGUCCACUGAAAAGUCUUCAAACAUUAGCUAUUGAAGCUGAUCUGACGCUUACACAGGCGUUUCAACUAACUGGUCAUCUAGUGUAUUGGGCUAAAGCAACAGUGAUAUAUCCUUUAUGUGAGGGUAAUGUGUAUGUAGUCGCCCCAGGAGCUAAUGUACACAUACACUCACCGCUCGUUGAUGAAUUCGCUAAGGAGUUUCCCGGAUUAUGUUUGUUACAGAUGUUGAGCGAGUUCUCUCUACCGGCUCCAUUGUGGUAUGUGUCACGUGGCGCGUGGGGUUCCCGCUGCCGGCCAGCCAGACUGGUCGCCUGGCUGCUGCGAAGGAGAUUAUUACUGCAGCUGCACACAUACGUGCAGUUCAACUCGCCGCACCACACCAACUGGCCGCAACACCCGCUCGCAGAUGGCAAAGAAUACGUGUGUGAGAAACACGACGUGUAUUACCAUUCGAACAACGUGUCAUAUUCAUCGUUGAAUCAAGUGCAGCUGAACGUGCCAGAACCGGUCGAAUCUAGAGAGAGCGUCAACAACUUCCCAGAUUCAGACGAAGAUUAUCCUACACAGAAUAACUUGAAUCAAACAGAUUUCUCACACACGCAACCAAUAGUCAUUGAAUCCGAUCAUACUAAAUACGAUAACUUCAACGAAACGGAUUCAGCGCAUCACUCUUUCGACGAUGGCGUAGAUGUAGUAGAUGGUCUAGUUAAAACUAAUGGUUACGACAAAGAUAUACAGAAGAAAACUCAAAUGAAUUCCGUCGACAGCGGCAUAUCUAACAUAAAUGGCCACGCUGAGAAUAUUAAGAACGAUAGAUCAAUACAAUCGAGACUUUCGAAUCUGUCUUUGAAAGAAAGUGAAAAUAUGUUGAGGGAUAUGAGCAGCGAUGAAGAUAGAUUUGAUGACUCGAACACGUCGCCGCGACUACACAACGGGCAUGGACAAAAUGGCGUCGAUAAGAAAAAUGGAGUGUCGUUGAAUCUCAAACUACAGAGCGAAAUGAGUUUCCAGUCACCCACAGUAUGGAGCGCCCCCCUAGGUUGCGAGGCGGCGGACACAUGCCGCGCGCCCGACCCGCCCUCCACCGAGUCUCUCCUGGACACAUUCACUAGUGAGGAGCGAGCGGUCCUCGCGACUAUACCCGCUGCCGACAACCAGGACGACCUGCUGUUACUCGCACAGCUACAUAAGAAAGGAUAUUUCAGAGGUGAACAACAUCUGGAGGAGAUCAUGUUUAUGGAGAACGUGACUAGAUCACAAUUGAUGCAGCUUUUAGACAAAUUCAAAGACGUUCUCAUCACCUUCGAGACCGAAGACCCAGCCGUCGCUAUGCUAUAUCCCUACUAUUAG